CAUCGUCAACCUGUAUUCGCGCCACGCUUUCUUUGUCCGCCACUUCGAGCCAGACAGAUCAGGGUUCGUUAUCAGCGCUGCAUUCUUGCAAAAGUUCGCCCGGUUCCUUGGCAACAUCGGCAACAUUGGCGUAUCAUAUCUCGGGCCGCCCCAUGCACCCUGGCUGCUCAUAUGCGGCAUGAGCCCGGAACCACGCUAUGCAGUCCCCCCACAUCACGACAAUCCUUCCAUGCUAUGGAUAUGGAUCGAAGACCUUUUGUUUGUCGUGACCCCUGACUAGGAGUUGGUGAUUCUAGAUGCCCUAGAAUGAUACUGCUAUUGGUUUCUGCAUCGACAUCGACUUCUGUUCUGAUCCUCCCACAUACCGAGCCUACACCACAGGUUUGUCUCGGCCCGCUGAUCCCCCCUUUAGAUCUCAUUUACUGUGACCAAGCCUUUCUCUUGCCAAAACCAGCAGAAGCUGAGGCCAAACGAGUACAGUCGUGGCAUCAGAAAUGGCAAGCCCAUCUAUUGCUACCCAAGGUCCUUCGUUGGGGAAUCCUUACCAACAACAAUGAUGGGUUCCAUUUGUCAAGUUUCAGUUUAACGGAAGCAGCACCUAAAAGGAAGAGCUGGAUGCGACGUCACUAAAGAAACACACCCACCCUAACGUUUAGACUGCCCUAUCCCACAGGUAGCCAUCGGACCAUGGGACUGGUGUGGUUGUUUUUCAGAGAGAAAUAUAACGGAUGGCACUGACAACGGGUCGGUCUAACAUGGACUCCACGGCCAGGGACCCAACUUUGGCAGUGACUGGCGUGCCACACCCGCCAUCACUAGAACCUGCUUGUCAGCCCCCUGACCCCUGAGAGUAUCCUAGGCUUUGUCUUAGGCGGUCUUUGAUCGUCUAGCCCUAGUUCAGGAACUAACUACCGAAAAC